GUGGAACAGCAUGGCGUGCUCCCUCCUGCUUCAGCUCCACGGUCUUCCUGUGGACACUCCUUGUUGCAGGAGCUCCCAUCUGGGGGGGGUUGGAGCAGCGCUGGGGCAUCACCCUGGGGUCUCCCUGUGUUUGGGGCAAGCAGGAGGCUGAGAUGGGCCGUGCCGCGAGAGGGACACAGCUGGAUGGGAAUGGCCACGGGUGCCGGCAGCGAGCAGGGCUGCGUGCCAGGGUUUGAGGUCUGGUGGGAACCGACCUCGGGCGGAAGCAGAGAGCCGGGGCGGAGCGUGGCCCAGCUGCAGCUGGAAGCAGUAAGGCGCAGUGCGGGGUGCUGGGCCCUGUCCCACAGGGGACCCUGGGAGACGCUGCGGAGGGAGGAUUUGCUCUACAGGGAUAUUUCUGGCAGGGUGGCUGCCCCGUGCAGGGACUGUGCCCCUCAGGACCGCAUCUCCCAGGACCUGAUCCACCGCGAGGUGCAGGACUACUAUGGCAGAGAGCUGCAGAAGUCAGAGGACCUGAAAACCAACGCUUGCGUUACACUGACCAGGCCCGUUCCCAAGGCGGUGAGAGAUGCUCUGCAGCGUGUCCACGAGGAGGUGGUGACCAGGUACUAUGGCUGUGGCCUGAUCAUCCCCGAGUGCCUGGAGUCCUGCCGGGUCCUGGACCUGGGCAGCGGCAGCGGCAGGGACUGCUACGUGCUGAGCCAGCUGGUGGGGGAGCAGGGCCAUGUCACUGGCAUCGACAUGACUGAGGCACAGGUCGAGGUGGCGAAGAAGCACAUUGCCUAUCACAUGGAGAAGUUCGGCUACCAAAAGCCAAACGUGGAAUUCCUCCAGGGUUACGUGGAGAACCUUGGUGAUGUUGGGCUGGCUGAUGAGAGCUAUGAUAUUGUCAUCUCCAACUGUGUGAUCAACCUCACCCCUGACAAGAGGGCUGUGCUUCGGGAGGCCUACCGUGUGCUGAAGCCUGGAGGAGAGAUGUACUUCAGCGAUGUCUAUGCCAACCAGCACCUGAGUGAGGCCAUGCGGAAGCACAGGGUGCUGUGGGGAGAGUGCCUGGCAGGAGCCCUGUUCUGGAGAGACUUGUACAGCAUUGCCAAGGAGGUGGGUUUCAGCCCUCCGUGCCUGGUCACCGCCAGUCCCAUCACUGUCAGCAACGAGGAACUGGAGAGAAUCAUUGGUGACUGCCGCUUCGUCUCCGCCACGUUCCGGCUCUUCAAGGUGCCAGGGAGCAGCCGGGCCGCGCCAGGCCAGGUCAUCUACAAUGGUGGGAUUGCAGGGCACGAGCAAGAGCUAGAGUUUGAUGCCAGCUUCACCUUCAAGGUAGGAGAAGUGGUGGACGUGGAUGCUGAAAUGGCUGCGAUAUUGCAGAGCUCCAGGUUUGCAGAGAAGUUCUUGAUCCGGGCUGGUGGGACCGAUGGUGCUGCACCACAAGGCUGCUGUCAUGGGAAGAUGAAGGAGAAGAUCUGUGACCCCUUCCUGCUGCUGCAGCAGCGGGCAGCCCCAGCUCCUGCCUGUGGUGCUGCCGGGACCUGCGGGCCGCAGGGCUGCUGCUGAGAACGAGCCAUAUCCCCACAGCAAUGGGAGCCGGGGGGCUGCGGCUUCAUUGGAGAGAAAAUACAAAGAAAUGGUUGAGCUGUG